GGCGCGCGGAAAAGGCAAAAUUUUUGAAAGAGCAGCUAGGUGCAAAAGGGCGGGAAGCUCACGUUGGGGAUGUUUUUGGCGCAGUAUCGGAUCCCUCAACUCGUCGAAAGCGGAAGCCGAGAAGUUCACAAGCUGAACGUGCACGCGAUUACGGUACUACCGGGAGAGGCAGCAGGGCGAAACCAACCUCGGUCGUCGAGCGCCGAUGGCGGCGGUCUCCUUGAGCUCGACAGCAGUGCUGCCAAGUCCUGUCAUGCUACAGAAUCCCUCAGAGGUUGGUCCUUCAGCAGGCCGGUUGACGUCAUCAUUCGCUGCUGGCGGAAGUGGGCGUAAUCCAGCUCAAGGAAAAAACUUUAAGGCUGUCAGAACAGUCAAGACAAGAUGUGCGGUGACGCCCCUGCAGAAGUCUCCAAGCUCAAGCUCGACGAUGACCGCCGAUCUCAAGAAAUCAUGGACUUUCCAACUUGCACUUACUCUAGCUGGUGCAGCUCUUUCCGUCAAACCUUUCUACGCUUUGCUGAGGGAUCAGGCGAAGAAGAUGAUCCGAGAACGAGGAGAGAAGAUAGGUGUUCCAUGGGCUUCCAGGCUCGCGGAGCUGGCCAAGCAUGACUGGGAGACGGAGUUGAAGAACAUCCAUCGGGAGGGCGAUGUGAAGUACCCUGAGUAUUACUUGCAGUCAUUUCACAGCUAUCCAGAGGGCAACUUGUCGUGGGAUGCAGCGUUGGAGAGUGAUCUGGCCUCUAAGAGUGUGCACGCCACAGUUUUUACAAAGAGUGCAAAGGCACAGAGCGUGACAGGGGACACUCUGAAACUGAGACGGUGGAGUAGGUCGUUAAUGAUCAGCUACGGCAAUGAGACGCCUUCACUGGAAGAUGCGAAGAUCACAGGCGUUGACCUGUCGCCUUAUUUUGUGGCAGUUGCCAACUACAAACUGCGGGAGGUGGAAGCUGAAAGAGGGGGAAACACGAUCCCCAUCAAGUUCAGCCAUGCAGCGGCGGAGGACACAAGACUUCCAAGCGAGUCAUUCGACCUCGUCUCUUGCUGCCUGUGUUUCCAUGAACUUCCUACAGAGCCUACAAGACAGAUCAUUAAGGAGGCCUAUCGACUGGUGAGGCCUGGGGGCUCAUUCGCUAUCAUGGACAUGAACCCUGCAAGUCCUGCUUGGCAGAAAGCAAUGAGCAAUCCUGUCCUUUUCACUGUGUUCCGAUCUACAGAACCUUACCUAGAGGACUAUAUGGCGUUUCCUUUUGAGGAAGUGCUAGAGGAGACAGGGUUCAAAGUAGUCUUGCAUACUCCCAAUACACCACGCCAUCGUACAAUUGUUGCCCACAAGCUGUGAGAUAUUCCCCAAAUUUGAGGACAGGAUAAGCAAGGACGAAAGGAGAAAAUAAGUAACGUGGCGACUUAGAUCAAAUGCGGCUUCAUCAGCACGUGUCGGAGUUCUUGAGGUGGAGAGUGAUUGUUGCAACAACAGAGAGCGGAGAAGUAUGUCUACACGAUUCUACAGGUAAUAGAACCUAAACCUAGAUGUAUAGAGUUUCCCUCUGUAUUUUCUACUAAAUUUCUAGAGGGCUGCAAGGCAAAAGGGAGGGGAUAGCAAGCAAGGGGUAGGUGAUAGUGCAGUUUACCACCCAGGUUAUGAAAUAUGAGACCAAUAGCUGGUUUGUACUGCUUUGUAGUCUUGGGGCAAUUCAAUAGCUGGUUCUUUAGGGAAGUCUAGACAGGCUUUGUCCUAUGGCAGCUGCUGGAUUGUGCAUUGCUAUAGGUUUGAGCAAAGUUGCAAAACUAACCCUCCCUUGCUAGUUAUAGGUCUGAGCAAAGUUGCAAACCCCUCCGUCCCUUGCUAGUUAUAGGUUAAGCAAAGUUGCAAAACUGUCCCUCUCUUGCUUGCUGUAGGUUCGAGCAAAGUUGCAAAGCUGUCCCUCUCUUGCUUGCUAUAGGUUCGAGCAAAUUUGCAAACCUGUCCCUCCCUUGCAUUACUUUUUGGCUACCAGCACCAUCCUUCUUCAACAUGCCAUGUGUCCUAAAAGAGCAAACGUUUUUCCCUAUUCGGGAAAAACUUUGCAAGGAGAUAUAGUAUACCUGUCACUGCCGUUAGACGUGGACCAUGGCAGUCUCCAAAUCUGUUAACUCUGAGUUCAGCUGAGUUUGAACCAGAGCAUAUGAUUCUGAACGAAGCCCAUGGCCUCUAACCACACUGUUACCACAGCCACCGGUAGUUGGGGCCUCUUAACCACAGCUAACGGUAGUUGGGAGGCGGUGAGGAAGAGUAAAACAAACUAGCACUUGGGUUAUCCCUCUCCUCUCACUGACCUAUGCCUACCCUUGUCUCUAGAAUACAACUCACAGCCUGAAAAACAGCAAUGUAUGAACAACAGCAAUGUAUAGAAGGUAUAUUUCUGGUCCGAUGCAAUCAUGGCAAGGGCGCGUAGUGCGCGUAGUGUUCGAGGGAAGAUGGUAGCUCAUCCGGGGCCUUCAACAAGAUGGUAUCCCAUCUGCAGCCUUCAACAGUUCCCAUUUCAAAAAAAAAAAAAAAAAAAAAAAAAAAAAAGGAGGAGAAAAAAAGAAAGAGAGAGAGAGAGAGAAAAAGGUCAUUGGAGUAGUGGUGGUUUGCAACCAACCCCUCUGGCAAUGUAUAGAAGGUAUCUUUCGAGUCCAAUUCAAUCAUGACAAGGGCAUGUAGUGUUCGAGGGAAGAUGGUAGCCCAUCUGGGGCCUUCGUCAGUUCCCGUUGAGAGAGAGAAAGGUCAUUGGAGUACUGGUGGGUUGCGAGCAACCCCUCUGGCAGAGCAAGGGUGCCUGCAGUCAGCACGAGUGCCCGCUGUGACCUUUACAACCCUGCAGCUACAGAGAGCUAUUUGGAAAGUAAAGCUAUAUGACCUGCAAUUGCUACAGCGUAGCCUCCAUUUACUGAAUUCAAAAAAAAAACUUAAGUAGUUGACGUUCUGUAAGUCCAUAAUAAAAACGUAAAUUUUGUUUUUCUAGAAGUCUMAUAUUGUACUGUGAUAUCUUUUUAUUAGAAGACAAUGAUGCAGUAGAUGAACCGUAGUUGUCAAGAUGCCAUGGAAGCUCUGGCUAGAGCCAUUAGAGCCAAAUAUGUGCUUGACGCCGACAUUGCGAAAUGCUUUGAUCGAAUCAACACUUCGUGCCUCUUGGAAUAUACAGAAAGCUCAUACUCUUCAGUCAUAGAUAAACAAUUAGUUGGACAAUAUUCAACACAAAUACUUGAUUAUAGGAGGAACUAGUUCAUCAAUUUUCGCUUAUGGUUUAUCUUGGUUGUAUGGCUUAGGCGC